AUGUCGGAAUCUUCAGUUCCUCCGCCGCUAAUCCUCGUUCACCGACCAUCGUCUCUGACUUAUAUGGCCGAUCUUCUUAAUCGUAACUUUCGAGUUCUCACUAUUCCCUCUUCAUCGGACCCACUUCCGAUCUUCCUCUCUCGUCACGCCUCCUCAAUCAGAGCCUUCGUCAACAUCGGCAGGCUUCCGGUGACCGGCGAACUUCUCUCUUACCUUCCUUCUCUCGAGAUACUCGUCUGCACCAGCGUCGGCCUCGAUCACAUCGAUCUCGCCGAGUGCAAUCGUCGCGGCGUCGCCGUCACGAACGCCGGCGAUGCUUUCUCGGAGGAUGUGGCGGAUAGUGCUGUGGGUCUGCUUAUUAGCGUUCUCCGUCGUAUUCCUGCUGCCGAUCGAUUCGUCCGGUCUGGUAAUUGGGUUGAAUUGGGGGAUUUCCCACUUGGGUCCAAGGUAAGCGGAAAGCGGGUUGGUAUAGUUGGAUUGGGGAGUAUCGGAUCCCUAAUCGCCAAAAGACUCAAAUCCUUUGGCUGCAUCAUCUCUUAUAACUCAAGAAGUCAGAAACCGGACAUCCCAUACCGGUACUACCCCGACAUUCUCUCCUUAGCAGCCGAGAACGAUGUCCUCGUCCUGUGCUGCUCCUUGACGGAUCAAACGCACCACAUUGUGAACAGGGAAGUGAUGGAUUCGCUUGGUAAGGACGGGGUUAUAAUUAACGUGGGACGAGGAGGACUGAUUGAUGAGAAGGAGAUGGUCAAGUGUCUAGUCCAAGGAGUGAUUGGUGGUGCCGGUUUAGAUGUGUUUGAGAACGAACCAGAAAUUCCUGGGGAACUGUUUGGUUUGGACAAUGUUGUCUUGUCUCCACAUGCUGCUGUGCUCACGGCAGGGUCUUUGAACAAUGUUGCAGAGGUUGCUUUGGCUAACUUGAAGGCUUUUUUCUCGAACAGGCCUUUGAUUUCCCCGGCUCAAUUGAAUUGA